UAUAUAAUAUAUAAUUAAUAAAUAAGGAUAAAUUUUAUCUCGACAAAAAUGUGCGCACGACACUUAAUGUGUCCAUUGUGUUCUCAACCUGGAUUUUUAACACUUGAUGCAUUGCGAGCUGGUCUUGUAAGUGUAGCAACUCGACCUCUUAUAUGUCCUGUUUGUAAUGAAGUGCUCUUAGGCAUAGAUAAAUUAACUAUCCAUUUAUUUAGUCAUACAAUCAAUUUGAAUAAUAAUACAACCGAGUCAUCCAAAUAUGUUGCUCCCAAUGAGCAUAUGAAUGUGGUUCAUAAUGUACAUAAUGUUGCUCUGCAAGAGUGGAAUAUAUUAAAAACACAACAAUCAGGUAAAGAGCAAAUGUCAAAUGAUAACAAUAGUAUGGAACCGUCAGAUUCUGGCAUAGCAAAUACAGAAAAUAAUAUCUCUAUUGUAAACUCACAGCCUCAAGCACAAAAUCAAAACUUAGCAGUGAAAGGUGCGAAUGAAAAUAAUUUUAUAUCAGACUACAAUUAUGAUGUGAUAAAACUAAAUAUCUUUCCACAAUCAAAUGAAAAUCACAAUAUAGUAUUAAGACCAACCACAGGUUUGCAGCAAGACAUAUUAAAAACAGAUUGCACAACACAAUAUUUUUGUAAUAAUAAUAUUAAACACUUAAAUAUAAUCACAGAAAAUACACAAGCAGAAAAAGCUAUAUCGGAUUUAAUCACUGAAACAAAAGUAACAGAGAGUACAAAUACUAAUAUCUACCGAGAUAUUGAAAGAGAAUGCGAGUCGAAUAAUAGUGAACAUGUUACAAAGGAAAGACUGAUGAUAAAUUUAAUUGAAAAAGCAAACGAUGUCUCAAAUUUUCAAUCAGUUCAGAAUAUAAUGCCAAUUUGUGCAAAUGUCUCAGAAGAAUGUAAUGACAAACAAAAUUUAUCUAAUGCAGAAGAAACUAUGCUUGAAACAAAUGCUGAAUAUCAAGAUCAAAACUCGGAGCACAAAAAAAUGUCCCAUACUAAAGUUUUUCGAACUAUAGCACCGAAAAAAAAGAUGGAACGAUGUAACAUUUGUGGCUUCCAUUUUUCUGACACUAACAUUUUGGCUUUACAUAAACAAUUAGUACAUGAACAAGAUUCAAAUAAUAUCUCUGGGAAAGUUCUUAAAAAUUAUUCGUGUCAUUUGUGCUCUAAGGUAUUUAAAAUGAGAGGUAGUUUAAUGAUACAUAUGAGAGUAGCACAUGUUGGACACAAUUUAGGUUCUUUUUCUAAAGAUGGCCAAAUCGAACUUACAUGCAACGAUACUGGAUAUGCUUGUCCUACAUGUGGAAAGAAAUUUAAGAAAGAACAACAUGUGAUACAACAUUUGAAAACCCAUGAAGGCAAACAGUGGGAAUGUGAUACUUGCAGUAAAUUGUUUACAACCAAGUAUUUUCUGAAAAAACAUAAACGAUUACAUUCAGGGGAAAUGCCAUACAAAUGUAAAAUAUGUGAAAAAAGCUUCACCUUUCAGCAAUCAUAUCAUAAGCAUAGAUUUUAUCAUAAGGAUGAAAAACCUCAUAGCUGUGCAACUUGUGGUAGAUCAUUCAAAGAGCUUUCUACAUUGCAUAAUCAUGAAAGGAUUCACACUGGAGAGAAACCAUUUGCAUGUGAAACAUGUGGAAAAUGUUUUCGUCAACGUGUUUCGUACUUAGUCCAUCGUCGAAUUCACACAGGAGUGAUGCCUUAUAAAUGCACAAUGUGUGGCAAAAGCUUCCGAUAUAAGGUGAGUCAAAGAACUCAUAAAUGUCCUGCACAAACGUCAAGCAAUACCCAGCAGUUUGAGAUGAUUGCACAAGAUGCUCAUGACAAAACAAUUGAAUCACAGACUAAUACCUUUCAAGAAAAUCAAUUAAAUGCUAUCAAUAAUGAGGAGAAUAAGUUUGUAUUAAUAAUCAACGCUCAAGGACAACAUGUUUUAGCACUACAGUCAGAGAUAAAUAAUGUAUCUCCUAAGAGAAAAGAAGAGAAUGUGGAAUUUAGAGAUGUUGGUAAUACAAAUAAAGAUUCAAAGAACACCAAUAACUUUAAUUCUGUACAACUCGAGGAAUCUGUGGAAUCAAUUGAGAAAACACAAUCAGAUAAUGAAAAGAUAGAUUUAAAAAGCACAAAUGAUUUCUUUUCCAUGGUGAUGUCUCCUAUGGAAAAUAGAAUAUCAUCUCCUACUUUCAAGAUGGGACAAUUGAGAGUAUCUUCACCUAAACAUAAAGAUGAUUCGAUAGAUUCUUAUACUACUUUUCCACAAGUCUCUGACAAUGUACAAAUAAAUGCAGUAGAUUCUGGUAUAGAACAAAGCUUUAACCAUAACAAAGAUGACACUGAUACAUUGCAAACCAUAAAUGAAGAAUCACUGAAAGAAUUGUUAUAUGGUAUGGAUAGAAAAUGAA